UUGGGUUGCAACCAUUUAUAUGUGUUGUUUCUUAUAUAUAGAAUCGUAUGGAAGAAAGCAAAGCUCUCUUUCAAACUAUCAUCACUUAUCCUUGGUUUCAGAAGAGUUCCAUUAUUCUUUUUCUCAAUAAGAUUGACUUGUUGGAGGAAAAAAUUAAGACAUCUCAUUUAUCGGAUUAUUUUCCAGAGUACAAAGGUCCUAAAGGGGAUGCCGAUAAAGCUAAACAAUUCAUUCUGGACAUGUUUGCUGAGCUGAAUCCGCACAAGGAAAAGGCUAUAUACCCACACUUUACGUGUGCUACAGACACAGAGAACAUCAGAUUUGUUUUCGAAGCUGUGAAAGACACAAUACUCCAACAAAACCUGAAGGACCUAAAUUUAGUAGUAGUAUAGUUUGCGCAAGACGUUAUUGCUUGUUCGACUAUGGCUAUGGAAUACUUCUCAGCUUGUUAUGUGACUAACUGAUUGUUGUGUUAGGACGGAGAUUUUUGAGCUGCUUUGAGGAAGAGAGGAUUAUGCUACUACAAGUACUGUAUAGUAGAUUGUGGAGUUAUA